GCGGAUAGACCGGCAUAUCUUCUGUUCACCAUGUACCUAUUCAUUUAGCCAGAGCUUGGGGAUCGGCGUGGCCAAGAUUACUUCGCGGCUGGGACCUCCAAUCAUUCGGCGGAUAAGUUACCCCAGAGCCUCAAGAAGAAUGGUUGAUAGCGGAGCUCGUGGGAAAUCGGGCUACUUUGCCGAGUUUUUGGCUAUGACAUCCGUCCCGAAUGUCUUGGAGGUAGGGAAUCUUCCAAGACGUAAUCAGCAAAGACAGGCACGUGGAGGAAGACUUUUAGCAAAUAAUUAUCAUAAACAGCUGUUUUUUUCGUAUCGAAUGUAAUAAUACGGCAACUUCGCGUGCUCGUACCUAACACUUGGCCUCGCUUGGCCCUCUGUUGGUCGAUCGCGCUCAAUAUGCACGUCUUCAUCUACUUCCGGCCGGACCACAAAAUCGGACAUGGGAACGUCAACUUUGAAAAGGUAAGAUCGGCUCUGGGAACAUUAAACAGUAUUAUACUUAUAACUGGCCUGUGUGACUUAUAAGCCAUACCAGCUGUACUCUCCGCUCUGUACGAUGGUAACUGAAAAUGAAGACCCGAGCCGGUUCGCUUCCUGGAUUUCUCUGCACCGUGGGCCUUCUCGUACCACGCGUUACGUCUCAUAGCCAUAUUUCUGCUGCUAUCGGUCAGUGUUCGUUGAAUCUCCCAGCGGCAUUGCAAUCCCAGGUGCAGUUAGGAUGUCCACGUCCAGUUGACGCGAAGACCACCGAUAGACCCGUUGACUGGUCACCAUGGACGCACCCGCCGGAGUGCGUGCACUCGAAAAAGCCGCCAGGGGCCACGUACUGCGUCUACUCUAACUCGCAGCAUGGUAACGGAGGUGUUAGCAUAAUCACAAGGCCAGAAACUGCAGCUAGCACUCUUGAAAUCUUGAACGACUCCGGAUACACUCAUCUAAAACACUUCGUCAAUAACAGCGCUGGACCAGCAUACGAAAUUGCCGACAUUCCCGGGAAGGGGAAGGGGGUUGUUGCGACCCGCCAUAUCAAGCGCGCCGAAGCAAUUAUGGCAGAUUGGGCCUCGUUGGUAGUGGACUUGGAUCUCCCGACUUCGAUAUUGAGAACCGAAGGAUAUAGACUGUUUCAUAUAGGUGUGGAUCAGCUCGCAGAUCCGGAUCGUGUGCUCCAGCUGGCUCGUAGCAGCGCGUUUUCAGGGGACAUUGUAGAGGAUAUUUUGAGGACGAACUCAUUUUCUUACGCACUGGCGGAUGCUUCUCAUAUGACAUUAUACCCGGACGUCUCUAGAGCUAACCAUGCAUGCCGCCCAAACUCUUUUAUAAGGUUUACGCCUUCAAGUUUGGCUGUAAGUGUCGUGGCUCUAAGAGAUAUCGAGCCCGGAGAGGAAAUCACUAUUACCUACGUACCCUUAGGAAAAACAAAGGAAGAAAGACAGACGGCACUGAAGAAAUGGGGAUUUGAGUGUACAUGCUCACUCUGCACCGCAUCCAAAACCGAGAUCGCCGUAUCCGACUACCGCAGAGAGAAGAUCAAGGGGUUGCGCAAAGAAGUCAUGAACGCCGUCGGGCUGUGGGACGGAACUAGAGCUGUCAAGCUCACGCACGAAGUCCUAGAACUCAUGAAGGCAGAGGAUCUUACGCCGCUUUACUCUAGCCAGUAUGAGAUUAUGGCGCGGUUGUAUUGGAAGGCGGGGGAUAAGAAGACAGCCACUAAAUACGCGCAGAUGUCUUUAGACACAGUGGUGGACCAGGGGUAUAUUGAGGAUACCCCGGAUGCAUUGCCGAUAUUAUUGCAGACCUUUGCUUAG